CUACAGUGUGUGAAUGGUGUCUUAGGCAAAACGCAGCUAGAGCUGCAGACUGUGUGCACCAUGCCUUUGGAGCGAGCAGCUGCGAGACAUCAUCGGCCCCAUCACUGGCGCCUCAAGGAGCGCGAGCGGAACUUAUUGGCAGCUGUUCUAAGCAUUGUUGUCAUUGCCACGCUUUCUACAGCUUUAGUGCAUCCACGCUGGUUUUAUCUGCAGGGUGGUGGCUGUGGCCAUAAGUAUCUGGGGGUGCAAUUUCUUUAUGUCGGCUACUUUGAGGUAUUUCCCCGGCACUUCGUCAAUGGACCGUCACGAUUGCCUUCCUAUGUCUAUUAUGGGUGGAAUGAAGUGAUGAAAGACUGUGUCACUCCAACCAUCGUCAGCCUCCAAAGAGUGCUCAUAGUUUUGUGUUUUCUGGCUAUCGUGAGCAGUUUGCUGCAGUUCUUUAUGGAUGCCCUCGGUGUUACAUACAAGUGGUUGAGAACCAUUAGAAGAAAUGCUUUCUGCAGCAUUUUGACAGUGGGAUUCUGUCUUGGAAUUGUCGGCACAUGCUACUACAUCUCAACAUUGAUGGAGGUGCAACAAGAAAUGACAAAACCAAGCCGGAGUUCACGUGUGGAGGUCAGCUUCAGUGUUAGUUACCACCUUGUAGCAGCAGCUGGAGCUGCAGCUGUUCUGGCCGCUGGUGCGAACCUUUUGGCUCGUCCUGUGCCAGUGACACGGCUUGGUGAUUCAGCCAUUGACAGCCUGCUUCUGGAUGAUGACUUCUCACGAGAGACCUUUGUAGUAGGCAUCUCGCAUUCAGAAAUGUGGCCUUAUCGACAGGACUUGACCCACUUGCAUAGCCUGCCUCCUUUGCCACCAUACUCGCCGUGAGGCAAGCAGCUAGGGCAUCUGCCACUUCACCAAAUGAAACACUCCAGUCUGGUCACGUGGAGACAAAUGUUCGUUUUCGAAGCUGGUUCCCACUGAAAAUGUGUGUGUGCGACAGCUACAAUUGACAUUCUCUGCAACAAAACCUGUGCAACGCCUUGUGUGUGCAGCUAAAUGCAAGAUGUCCAUUGCUUUGCAGCCAUUAUAAGGACGUAAAGGGACACCUCGAGGAACUGGUGGGUGAUCACUGUUUUCAUUUUAAAACUUUAACUGCAGUAUUAAUGUUGCUUUAAUAUGUGCUGCUCUUAAUAUGUUAUUUCAAAGGGGUGCACAUACUAUGUGUAAGUUUGGCUGUGAAACAAGUCUGUGUUGCUCUUUAUGAAGUUCAUUAUGCACAUUUGCUGUACUUUGAGCAGUGCCGGUUGCUACUAGGUUAAAUAGCACUCUGAAUAUUUUAAUUUACAUGGCAUGGGAAUAUUAAUGCAAUAAUACUAUAAUACAUUAAUAUUGUUCACUAUACCAGUUAUAGCAGUCUGUAUUGAAUCUACAAGCUAUUGUUUCUAAAUGUUCAUGCGUAACAAAAGGAGGCCACUGAACCACUCUAUCCUUGCAAUGUGUAGCUGGUAAAUAUAUAAUACUAAACUGUACAGGAUGCAGCUAAAAUGCCUGCACACAAACGAAAUACCCAUUAAAGCAAGUGAAGCAGAUUGUAGCAACAGCACUUGUUAACAGCCUUACUUAACUAGUUUUUCAAAGAACAUCUUUCGUACAAAUGCAAGAUUUGAAUCACUCGGGGAAGCAUAACUUUGCAGUAAGUAUGUACUUCAGCUAAUUGUUUCCAGCUGUUCUCCAAGGCAUGGCAUGUUGAUGUCAAAAGGAAUUCUGCGUAGAGCAGGCAUUGCUUUUUAGAACAGUCCACAUAGAAAAGUAAAGUGCAUUUAAAGCCAACCUGUUUGAAGGUCAUCCUGCAGUGGAAAUUAAAUUUUGGAAGUCAUUCAAACUAGUUGCACCACCCUUUUUGGUUUGUGAGGAGGCACUGAAUCUUGCUCAUACAUGCACAAACAGUUUUUGUAGUGAAGUUCGGAACAUUGAGACACCACCUUCUUUGGGAUAUCUUUACGGAUAUUCUUGACUUGUAAUGUUCACUCCCAGUGGGAGAGAAACCAGAGGCAUCUUUCCAUCAGUGAUUGAAGGUUAGCGUCUCUGCAAAUGGUUGUUCCCCUGUUUGUGGUUACCUGAGGCUAACUGCGAAUGUUUUGUCAUUUUGGAAGUUUACGAAUUGCUAAAUAUUGAAGGGAGAAUACUGCAGUGGCAUGCUGUGAUACCAAAGUGCUUGAGCAGGCCCUUGCACCUUCUGGUUCUCGUCUAUUUCAUGUGUUCAAUGACACACUGAUUCUUCUCAGUUUGUACGUCUGUGGACUUGGCCUUUUUUUUUUUAACGAUUCCUUUCAUUUUUUCUUUGGCCAUUUGAUGCAUGAAUCUUCACAAAUUGUGAUGUAUUCUUGCCAGGUGAGCUGUUGGGUAGUGAAUAUCUUCUAGAACGCUGUCUAUCAUUCACAGAUACCGUUAGUUUAAACAUUUUCACAUGAUUGCGGGAGAUGUUUAUGGGAUUUGAAGCUUUUGGGAAAUUUCAGUGGGACAUCAUCACUAAUUGUAGAGCUUCUCCAUUGGAGUGAAAAUGGACUUAUUUUAUGAAGUUGUUUAGUUCAUAUGAAAAUAGCAGAAAUAUUGAAAAUGGGUGAUUAAUUUUACUGAAUAUAACUUUUAAGGAGCAUGACAACUUUUUUGUAGCCUCUGUGCUUACUUGAAAAUUUGAAUCGUAAAAAUUAUGCUGUCAGGCUAGAUAUGUAGAUUGCAAUUCUGCCAUAGUCCAGAAUAAUGCUUAUAGUAUUAUUUAUGAUAUAGGUUAUGGAACAUGUGGUUUCUUAGUAUGGUUAAAUUGGAAAUAUGUCACUGAUUUCAAAAGCAGAGGUUUGUUAACCUGAGAUGUGAAGGGAACGAAACGCUAGCUACAAUACCAUCUACAUAUUUUUGGUCCAAAUCACUGCAGUGUCGCAGCUUUUGGCACUAGCCAGCCUACGCUAAUAAAUUGCUGUCUGUGAUGCACAAGUUGUGCUGCUAGUGAAAAUUGAAAAAUAUUCUACCUGGAAGAUUUUGUGAUACUUGCACAAGACUAGCAAAAUUAAGCAGAGAGCUGAAAUUUUUUAUAUUACUACAGAAGAUAGUAGAAGUUUUAUGUUUGGUCACCAUGGGUACCGGGUAAAUUUAGCUGUUGUGGCAAACCUCCUGUUCCACAAAAAAUUUGCUAUGACUAGAUGAAGAGUAACUGGGCAUCCUUUGUGAGAACUUCAUAGGUGGCAUCAUGAACAAAUUUCAUCAUUUCAAGCAGUGGAAUGCUUCACAGAAAGUAGCAGUCUUUUGGAAAGUCUGUAGAGCUUUAACAGUUGUGAAGUUUUGGCUGUCAUGGGUAGUUGUGUCAUGUUAACCAUGGUUCUUGCUUGGGAAUCUGAAUUUAAGAAAGGGAAAGGGACUCCCAGAUUUAACCUUCAUUGCUGAUAUGUUUUUUUGCCAAAUAAUGCUGGAAGGUAUUGUGUAAGGUCAGUAUACCACUUAGAUUGAUUUAAUGUUUGCUUUCAGUGGGCUUGUUAAAUAUAGUUGAAUGUACUAACACCUGUCAUCCAGAGCCUUACACCAUGAUGGCACAUUUCUAGCACAUUGUGUGAUACAUUGACUUUUUUUUCGUGGUUUUGUUGUGCAGCUUGAAAUGGCGUGUUACGUUAGCCUACAUGGUAUUGCCUGCAGCACUUGUGGCAUGUUCCACAUCUUGCCAUAGGCAAUACCUAACAAUAGUCUAGUCCAUUAUGGACUGGAUAUGCUAGGCAAGUGUUGUAAUCAAAUGUCUAUGGAAUCAUUGUGCUCAUGUUCACCACAAAGGAACCAGCGGUCAGCCCAAAGGGAUGUUUCAGGAAUUUUCAUGUAACUAUGCAAGAGUAUAUGUAUCAUAGUUUUAUCUGUUUCUGUUAAUGACUUAUGUGCUUUUUGUGAGAUAUUGUGUGUUUUCAGCCUCAAGAAAUAGCUGUGAAUAUACAGUUUUCUUCAUGUGGCUGCAUGAUCAAGACAUAUUUAAGUAUUGUGAAACAUUUAAAGAAGAAAGUAUCCUUAGAAUUGAUA